AGCCCAUGCCUUUAAGGCGGUAGUAAAGAUUUAGUUCUCUGUAUUUUUGUUUCACUUAGUCCAUUUAAUUAGGUUUUUAAAGCACGGGUUGCUGUUCUAUCAUCUGGAAGGGAGAAAUGGACCCAAAGUCAGCUUCACUGUGGAAACUUCUCCAGUUUCUCUCUGCUGUCUUCCUCUCAGUCUCUGAGGAAGCUCCUUUCCUCCAAGGUCCGAUCAACAUCACAGCAGAACCAGGACAGAACGUCACUCUGCCCUGUAGAGGUUCCAGAGGAACCAUCAUAGUGGUGGAGUGGAGCAGAACUGAUCUGGGCUCAGAAUAUGUUCUCCGCUACAGAGACCAGCAGUUGGACCCAGAAAACCAGAAUCCAUCAUUCAGGAACCGAGUGGACCUGCUGGACCCACAGAUGAAGGCUGGAGACGUGUCUGUGGUUCUGAAGAACCUGACGACUGAUGACAGAGGAACAUAUGAGUGUCGGGUCGUUCAGAGAGGAACCAGACGCAGGAAGAGAGGUUCUUUAAAGACCCGACCCGUCAGCAGCGUGGUUCUGGAUGUGGUUCCAUCAGGAAGUGAAGAUGAAAGCAGAGAGGAUGGAUCUGUUGGACUGCUGGUCGGUCUCCCAGUUAGCAUCAUUGCUGCUGCUGCUGCUGUUGCUGUAGGUUUAAUUAUCUAUAAGAGACCAGGAUGUUUGCAGCAGCUUUAUGAACAUCCUGCUCAUCAAACAGCUGUGGAGCUGCACUGACCUUCAGAACCGGGUUCUGGUUCUAAAAGACACAGAACAUAUCAAGCCAGAAGACAAUGAAAUUAGUCUUUCAUGUUAGAGGGAAACAUGUGGCAAUGACUGAAAGUAGAAAUUAUUUACAGCAACAGAUUUAUUCCAGAUUAGAAUUAAGAUUCUAAAGUGUUGCAGUAGAUUAAUGAAGGAAAGUUUGUUUUCUGUCUUUAACUCAUCCCUUAGGGAGCAGUGUGCUGCCCCCUGCUGCCACCCUGAGGAACACACAGGGAGAGAGCCUUCUGGGUAUAAUUCAUGGACCCGAGUUUCAAACCAGCAACCUUUGUAGUCUCUCCAACCACUAGGCCACUGCUCCCAUUAAACAAACCUAAAACAUGUAGAAGUUCUGGUUGUUUAACCAGGAUGGUUGUGCUGCUGGCAGGCCUGGAUCUGUACUGGACCUGUGGUUCCUCCUUCUGAUGGACUUUCUGUGUCACGUAUUUGUCUGGUUUAACAACUGAACUUUCAAAACGUGUCCUGAAGUGUCUUUACAGUAAUGAGGUCUAUGUGAGCCUUUUUUGUCUUUCUGCUCCUGCUGUUUAAAUGGUCUUCAUAUGCAACUGCUGACAUACAUCCAGAUGAUGAAGCCUUUAUAGCCAGUGGCAACGCUCAUAUUAUGGCCUCUAUGUUAGGCUUCAGCAACAUAGAUUUAUUUAGAAUUAGAAAUGAAUAAAGUUCUGUAGCAGCAAGGUACCAGCCCCCCAUCAUUGAUUUAGUCCAUCACCUUCACAGUGUCCCAUUUGCUCUGCCUGAUUUACAUUUAAUGGCCACUAGAUGGCAGAGAGGAGCCAGAAGAGAACCAUAGUCUGUUGGAACAUCUCAGGUCCAAAUGUUCCUCUGUCCCUAAUGCUCCCAUUUUUUCUGGCUGACUCUGAACCUUCACUAGCAGAAAGCCUGACUUCUCCAUAAAGUUUUAUCUGGAGAAAAUCGAAGGAUCCUAAUGGAUGUUAGAUAAACCUCAGGUUUAGUUAAAAAAAAAACAAUCAACAUAAAGAUAAAUCAACCUUCUAUGUU